UAGAGGGUUGUCUGUGCUCCCAAAGUUGAUGACCGCUUUAAAGCUGGUGUCUGUAUUACUGAUUGCGAGAUAGGAGAAAAUUUGGUUCGCACAUUAUCAUCCCGCGUCAGGACGAGGUUUAACGACUGAGGGAGAGAAUGCCGGCGAACAGAGGUAAAAACUCCGAUUUGGAGUUUGACUCAUUACAACCGUGCUUCUACCCGGAUGAGGACGACUUCUAUUUCUGUGGUCCCGACUCUGCACCACCGGGGGAGGACAUCUGGAAGAAAUUCGAGUUGUUGCCCACUCCGCCCCUCUCUCCGAGCCGGGCCGCGCUACCGGGGGAGCCGGCGAUUGCCUCCCCGGAAGCAGACCCCCUGGGCUUCGGCUUAGGGGACCCUCUGGACUGGGCUUCUGAGCUGCUGCUCCUGCCCGAAGACGAUAUUUGGGGGGCAUCCGACGAUGGGGACCUGUUCGGCUCCGCUUUGGAUACUAACCCCAACAGCAUCAUUAUUCAGGACUGUAUGUGGAGUGGCUUCUCGGCCAGGGAAAAGCUGGAGCGGGUUGUCACGGAGAAACUCGGCAAAGCUAUUUCCACAGCCACCGGAGGUGGCAGGAACGUGUGCGUCAGGACACCGGAGGUGGUGAACCGCAGCUCGGUGUCAGUGUGUGUGGACCCCACAAUAGUAUUUCCCUUCCCCGUCAACAAGAACAACUGCAGCAGGGACUCAUCCGGGACAGUAAACACAUCCACAACACACAGGAACGCUCCCAGUGACUCCGAAGAGGAAGAUGAUGAUGAGGAAGAAGAGGAAGAAGAUGAGGAGGAGGAAGAGGAGGAAGAUGAGGAGGAGAUCGAUGUGGUUACAGUAGAGAAGAGGCGCUCCACAACCAACAAGGCAUCACCCAUGACUACAGGCACAGUCACAAUCUCUGUGCAUCCCAAGAGUCAAGACGCAAGAGGAAGUGUCUCAGGGUCCGGCAUGGUGAGUCGGUUCGUCAGCCGAGCGCCUCAGGAGCUGAUCCUAAAGAGGAGCUCAGUCCACCAGCAGCAGCACAACUACGCAGCUCCCUCCCCGUACGCUUCAGACGACGACCCCGCCCCACCUCCAAAGAAGCAAAAGACAUCAGAAGCCCCACGACCUCCCGUCAGAACCAUCUCCUCAUCUUCCUCCACAUCUUGCAGCUCACUCACCAACAUGUCAGGGCCACGCAGCAAGCGCAGCACCAGCGGGGACAGCAGCCCACGUGGAAGUUCCGACUCAGAGGACAGUGAGCGUCGGCGUAACCACAACAUCCUGGAGCGCCAGCGCCGCAACGAUCUGCGCUCAAGCUUCCUGACACUUCGUGACCAUGUGCCAGAGCUGGCGCACAACGAAAAGGCAGCUAAGGUGCUGAUCCUGAAGAAGGCCACAGAGUAUGUGAGUUCACUAGAAACAGAGGAGAUGAGGCUCCAGCAGGAGAAGGACAGGCUCCAGGCCCGCAGGCAGCAGCUUAUGCGCAGGCUGGAGCAGGCACGGACUCGCUAACAGGCCACCACUACAACACAGAAACACUCACUGAUACUCUGGAUGACCCCCUCCUGUUCCAGACCAGUCACCAUUAGACACACAUACACACAUAGGCCUAUAUGCACAUAUACAUAACCUGCAUAUCUGUCGUAUACAUGCACACACAAACACAACACAUCUCAGAGGACGUUAUCUUCAAAUGCUGACACACAUACACCUGGAGGAGCAGGGAGUGGAGGGGUGCUGGAGGGAUGCUCAGACUUUCACUGCCGCCACUUUUUUUGCACAUUUGUUGACGUUAAGAAUGUUUAGGGUUUACUUUUUCAAUCCAGUCACAUUGAGGAAAGUUGGGGGAAAAAAACAGGGAAGGAGAGAGGACACACUUUUUUUUGGUCUGGACCUUCUCUGGUUUUUUUUACCAUUUCUAUUUGUAUCCCUUUUUUUGUACUCACUGUGACACCAGCCUGGAAUCAUGUGAUUCCCACAGGGACGGGUGUUAGAGGGCACUUUGCUUGGAGAGUUCAUGUACAAGAAGCAGUGCACACUUACUUUGCCUUCAACCACUGCAAAACGGAAGAGACUAUGACAACUGAGACGUUAUGGGUCACAUAAACAAUGCCACUACAGGUUCCCCUUCUCUCACUCCUCUCACACUGGUGCUCAGGCCAAGUCAGUGGAUGUAUAACUGCGCACCUUGCUAGCUGACACUUUUGUAUAUAACAAUAGAGUACAGAGAAAAUACACUCAGAUCUGCCUUGUUUUUUACUACAUUUUGUCCUCGGUUUUUUUAUACGUCUUGAAGCUGCCAAUAAGUAGACUGGAAGUUUAUAUACCUUUAAAAGUACUGUAAGGCCUCGAUUUUUGAGAGUCGUGAAACUUUGUAAUAUAACAAUUUAUUGUGCUUUUCUUCUCUUUCUCUUUGCAUUGUAUCAUAUUACUAAUUCUAUACACCUUUAUGCUUUUAGUGUGAGCCUGAUACAUACUAAAUUUGAUACUUAUAUUUUCGUAUGAAAAUGAGUUCUCAGUAGAUAUCACUUUAUCUCGUCGUUUUUUUAUUCUAUCUCAGAUAUUUUUUUUUGUACCGCAAAGGUGUUCUAUCUUCAUGUACCUGGCCCUUUUCUUUCUUCCUCUUUUGUUUAUAUUUGUAACAAUCGGGUGCAUAAAACUGGGUAAACAAAUGUUUUGUUUUUUUUUUUUUAAAUGUACAUUUAGUGCUGCAACUCAUAGCACUUUGAAAUACCUCAUUUUGAAAAAUAAAUAGACAAAAACCACAUCUCUGUCUUUGUAUUGUCACUAAAAACUGCCAGCAUCACCUGGAAACCCUCCAUCCUUGUAUAUCGGUCUCUUUCUC